AUGUCGAGAUCAAACACGAUGCCGUACAGCAUGUCAGAUGUGCUAUCGCACCAGCAGGAAAACUUACAACACCUACACAGUCUACAGAAUCAUACGAGGAGUCUGACGAGGAAAGAAUAUCCCAAUUCCUACUUCCAGCAGAGACUGGACGUGGCUAAACAGCAACAGCAGCAACAACAACAACAACAGCAGCAGCGGUUGCCCAGUUUGCAAAAAAACUCUCUAUCCAUGAAACAGAAACCGGCACUGUAUGCGUUGCCCAGUUUGGAAGAUACGCUGACAGAGACAUCACCGAACGUGAUGCAGGCAACGGGGGGGACAAGGCAGAACACUCUCACGAAGGAUAAUAGACAGUACCUUGGCAAUGGGAUCGGCAGCGUGCCGAGUCCGAAACAGAAGAACUCGCUGACCAACAACUCAAUCUACUCAAAGAUACGGACAUCUUUACAAUCCAACCCUCAAAGAUUGACGUCCAUGAAUGUGCAGACAGUGUCAGCAGACUCUAGCUCACCGCUUGUGGUUUUGCUCCCCACCACUGCGCAGCCAACAACUAUACUGGCGGACCGGUUUUCCGCAUGGAGGAGCGUGAUCAAAUCGUUGACGUUGUACCUCACAGAGACAGCCUCGAUCCAGGACGAGAUAGUCAGGCAACAGCUAAGACUGUCUCACGCGAUCAACUUCCCCUUCUUCACCCUUCAAAACAAGUACCAACCGGUGUCCAGUGAGGAUAAGAUGAACCAGAAGUUUUUUGCUCCCUUGGGGAACGGUUCUGUACAGGAUUUGCCCACCAUUUUCGGCCAGUACCAUGAGGUGAUGGCCUCAUACGCAUCCAACGCAUCCAGGGAGCUCAGCACGGACGUGAUACCGCGGCUCGACGAUUUGAGAAGAGACCUACUCGUGAAGAUCAAGGAAAUCAAGACGCUACAGUCUGAUUUCAAAAACUCGUGUAAUAGGGAGUUGGGGGCAACGAAACAGUUGAUGACCACCUUCCAAGAAUCACUCAAGGAUGCGAGUUUUGAUAAACCAAAGAUGGAUCCUUACUUGGCCAAGUUGUCAUUGGACAGACAGAUCAAGAGACAACUGAGCGAGGAAAACUUACUGCACGAGGCGUUUGAUAACUUGCAGAGGUCUGGGUUGGAACUGGAGAAAGUGGUUGUGAUGGAGAUCCAGAAUGCAUUGACCAUAUACGCGAGACUCCUUGGACAACAGAACCAGCUCAUAUUUGAUGCGCUGAUCUCGAAAUUGGAUAUGGGGUUUUUCAACGUGGACCCACUAUUUGAAUGGAACAAUUUCAUCGUGAAAGACCCAAACUUCAUAGCCUCUGAUCUGCCGAUGCGAAACUACAAGGACAUCGUUUACAAAUCGCAACAUGACCCUAUCACAUAUGAAGUCAGGUCUGGGUAUAUCGAAAGACGGUCUAAGAUUUUAAAAUCCUAUUCGAGGGGAUUUUACGUCUUGACUGCUAAUUACAUUCACGAAUUUAAGACCAGUGAUCGCAGGAAGGAUCCUGUCCCUAUUCUUUCCAUUCCAUUAGCAAGCUGCAAAUUAAAGGAACACAACACAUCGAUUAAAAAGGACACAAAGUUCGUGUUACUGAAAAGACAGGAGAGCUUGUUGAACAGGAGCCACAACUGGGUUUUCAAAUUCAACUCUCAUGAAGAGAUGGCUGGCUGGUUUGAAGACAUCAAGAAGAUAAUGGAGGCUAACAGCGCCAAGGAUAAGAAGGUUUUUUUAAAGAAGAAAUUGAACCUGGAUGAGAACAACAAGCCGAGACCACGAAGCUCUACAAUCUCAACGGCGAAGACAAACACGACAUCCACCACUGCAACCACCACCACAAGACAGUUCACCACGAAUUCUUCAUUGACCAACGUGGAUGACAAUGAGAAUACAACGAUAACGAAUGUCGAUACAAACUCUUCACUACCACAUACAAAUGAUUCCUACCUCUACAAUUCGAAGGUACCAAACAUGUUUUUAGAGGUACCUAUGGACAGUCAUAAAGAUGUCAACUAG